CUAGGGCAAAAAGGAGCGGGAAGUGGAUCUAACCAGACAGUUAUGAGUUAGCUCCCGUACAGAGACGAGUCUGCCUGUGACAAGUGUCUGCUGUCAGUCCGAGAGGAAGUUUCAGACUUUUCUGUCUGUAGUGUAUCGGAAAAUUGGUCCCUGAAGAUUCCUGUGCACAAUUUGUGUUGGACUGGUUGUACGAGCGCUCUUCUGUUAUGCCAGGGUUUGUGGAGGCAAGACAAGCCAGGCUUGCUAUCAUGGAUUCUGUUUUCAUCAUGGAAGACUUGAAUGAAUACUACUACAGACAGUUGGCAGCAAGCAUACAGGAUGCGGACCUGCAGCAGAAGUUGGAUUUUGAGAUCAAGAUGCGGGAUGGCACCACAAAGCUGCUGCAGGCCUGCAAGCACGAGGCCCAGGCUGUGGAGGCUGCCAAGAACCUGCUCACCUCCAACACAAGAAUGAUGGCGUACAUGAGUGAACUGCAGAGACGUAAGACAGCAGAAGUGAUGGGGAAGGAGAACUCAGAAGCAACCAACGGCCAUCUGAUCAAGGAACCCUGUAAAGCCAAGGUGGCUGUGUCAGACAUUCGUAUCCCCCUGAUGUGGCGUGAGACAGAGCUGUCUAAGAGCCGCGGGGAGGGCCGUCGGUGUGCUGUGUUCUGUGUGCUGAAGCAGGGACUGAACAUCCAGGACACACAACUGGUGCAUGUGGACAGGACCAUGACGGACAUCACCUUCGAGGACAUCAUUGUGUUUGAGGAUGUUGUGCAUGACUUCUCGCUGACAGUAGAGGUGUACUACACCGUGUUGGAGGAUGACCUGGCCUUCGCCAGCACUCCCAGGAAGAUCAAACACAAGAUCAACAGCAUGUCUGCCUCCAUAGGCAAGUCCAUGGGCAAGAAAGUACAGGCCUAUCUGGAAAGAUCAGACUCAGCCCCAGGAACCAACCCCUGUAACAUAGGUCCCAAGUUUCAUCUUGCUGCUAGUGUGGAACUCAGCCUCAGAGAUGCCAGUGACUCCAUCAGAACACAUGACCUCAGUGUAGGCUCAAAAGACAGUAGUAGCCAUCUCUCCCUGUAUGGGAAUCUUUGUUGCCGGCUGGCCGUCCAGCCCAGGUGCAUGGUGGAGGAAUGUGCAGCAGGCUUCCUCAACUUACAGGAACCAGCAAAUGAGGAGAUGGUGGGUGGGCUGCCCAACUGGACCCGGAGGUGGUGUGUACUGAAGGGGCCCUACCUCAGGACAUGGGCGUAUCCUGAAGAAGUGGAGGAGAAAGAACCACUCCUGUCAUUACACAUCAGACAGGACACACGAGUGGAGGAGGUUGACAAGAUGAUGAUGAAGAGACCCAACAGUUUUGACGUCAUCACCCGAGUGUCCGGCGAGGACCAGCCCCAUAUCUUCUCAGCUGACACCAGGGAGGACAGGGACACCUGGGUACAGGCCUUACAGCGCCACUUCGCUCAUGCAGAAGCCUGGCAGCAGGCCUAUCACUGUAUGAUGCCCAUCCACAUCCCCACACCCUGCAAGCUGCCGGCUUUCCUCAGGAAGGGUUCACUGUACGACGACCUGUCUGUGGACUCACCCACCAAGGAUUCAGUGGAGUUCUCCAGUGAGGAUGAUCGGAUAUCCCAGAGUUCCCUGGGCUCCAGAGGGUCGGGGGAUGAAGUCUUCAACACGUCAGAAGUGAUGAUGGCACCGCCAUGGGCGCUACUCUUCCAGGGUAAGGCAAUAAAAGUGACCAAACCCAACGCAACUACAGAUGACCAGCGGUCAGCUGAGGUCAGUACCAAGCCGGUGCCGGCUGAGAGACGACUGGUCCAGCCCAGGACAGACUCCACCAGUAGCAGUGACUCUCUCCCUCCUGUGAAGCCUGUCCCCUCCCCUCGCUCUAACAAGGGGACCCCCGGCUCAGCCUCCUCACCAGAGUCAGGAGGGAAACCCCGGGAGAAGCCGGUCCCAGCUAAGCGCCAGGUCAGGGGCACGUCCUCAGGGUCAGACUCAUCCAGCACAGAGCAGAGCUCAGAGACGACGGCUAAACUCCCCCGGCCACGGGAGCGGGGAGGCAAAGUCUCAGGGUCAGAGUCGUCAGAUGACGGCUCUAGUGGGAGAGGGAGCAUCUCCAGUGGAUCAGGUGCUACUAACCCUCCUCCUAAACCCCCUCGGGUGGCAGGGGGGUCGACUGGAGAUAGGUAGUCACUUUGAACCUCCAAGUAAAAAGAUAAAGUUUAUGCUUCGGCCUUCCUAAACAAAGUCUUGAUUGACCUUAGAUUACAGACUGUUACAGCUGCACAUUUGAACCUUGCUCUGUCAGGAACAAGAGUAAAGGGUAUAACAUUGGUUUUUGCUCAAGUGAACAUUUGAUUCUGCAGAAUAUUGAAACGAAUAUGUCCAGCUGUUCUUUAAUACAUCAUAAUCUGUACAAAAGUGAGUGCAGAAUUUUGUUGUUAUAUAUACUAAUCGACUCAUUAAAAAAUUAAAAAAAAAAAACAAAUUCGGCUGGCCUAAACAUUUUGUAAAAUCUCUCUGCAUUAUACAGGUUCAUAUGAUAGAUUCAUGCAGAACUGUUCCUUCUGGAGUAGUACAAAUCAGCAAAACCUGGCGCCACUAUACAAAUAACAACCUAAACAUUUGGCCAAGUGCGUUGUAUCCCUGACAAAGUGAACUUUUGAACCUGUCCCACCACAAAGAGUGCACCCUCUGAAAAGUGCUUGUUUUGCAUUUUGACUUUGUUCCUGUAUAGCCGUUAGUACAAACAUACAUGCCUGCUGACAAUAGAUUUCAGAGCAGUGUUGGCAGCAGAGAAAUUUAACUUACUAAAUUAAGAAAUAAAUCAUUUAUGACUUGGGAUUGCCUUGUUUAGAUGAUAGAGAAUGACACUGUAGAUAUGUAUGAGUUCAUGAAACAAAGGCUUUGAAAGGUUAUUGGAGAGCAAGGAGUGCUGUGUCUCAGGCAAGCUUCCAACAGCAAAUUUGCUCACCAUUUGAUGUGAAAAUCUAGAGUAUUUUGUUGCUAUCCAAGUGCUUUAUAUUGAGGUGCUAGUUUAAAAGCAAAUGUCACAAAUUUAGAUAGCAAAGAUAAUCAUAAUGAAUAGAUGUUGUAAUGUAGACAAAAAAUUAAUAUUUUGUACUUUUCACCUCUGUCCUUGUUGAUAUACAGUACAAAACAGAAGUCCAAAG